AUGCCAUUUGGACAAAUAGUGAUCGGACCCGCCGGCGCUGGAAAGUCGACCUUUUGCACGGGCAUGCAGCAGCUUCUCCAGUCCCUAGGAAGAAAGUGUCAUGUGAUAAAUCUAGACCCUGGAAGCAUGAUGUUCCCUCCGGUAGAAGAUGCCCCUGCAAGAUACACGCCGGCGGUAGAUGUGACUGAAAUUUGUUCGCAAUGGGAUUUGAUGGGUAGGCUUUCGAUCGGCCCAAAUGCAGCGCUUGUUGAGGCAAUGCGAAUGCUUGUUGCUCCGCCCAAUUGUACCUGGUUCCUUUCGCGACUCAAAAGCAUCAUUACCCAAAAUGAGAAGGAUGUAGAAGAAGAUGGCGAAGUCCCCUAUUUUAUAUUUGAUUUUCCAGGGCAAGCUGAGCUUAUAACCAACGAGCCUUACCUUUUCCAGCUAAUAUUGUUGCUUGAAAAAAGCCUUCAAUUUCGGCUAGUGGCAAUUUGCCUUGUCGAUGCCACCACCGCGAUCUUCACCAAAGAGCGGCUAGUUUCUUCGAAACUUCUUUGUCUGACUGCAAUGGCAUCAAUAGAGCUGCCUUUUAUUAAUGCUUUUUCAAAGACAGAUUUGUUGACCCCAUCAGAAAAGGAGAAUCUUGCCCUCGAGCGAGAGGAUCCAGGGCUGGAUAAAAUUUGCAACGAUUUCGAUCCCGAUUUCGGUCCUGAUUCGGGCACAUCGACAGAAAUUAAUGCUGCCGAUUCAAAGGCCCCUGAUUGUUUUAUAGAAUCAAAUGUUAUGCGUAAAACUACGACUCGAAAAUCCCAACACAGGCUUUGGUAUUUGUUGGAGGAACUGGUCGAAGAUAUGCCAUACCUCCACCAUAUGCUGGUUGCUGUGGAAGAUAAAGAUUCAAUGUUGCGUAUAUUGCGGGCUGCAGACCGCGCCAACGGUUAUGUUUUUGGUGGGCUCACCCAAGGAAAUGAUUGUAUUAUGGGGAUUUCCGCUCAGGCCCUUUAG